AUGAAGGGCUUUAGACAAAGAGUGCAUGAGCAGCUAUCAAGGGCAAAGGACUCGAAUAAGUCCUCCAAGAAGAAGGACGCCUCUUCCCAGUCCCCGUCGCAGAGCCAAGCGUCAAUCGGCAUCCACCAUGGCCAACAGUCCGCGUCGCCAAACCAUGGCACUCCGACUUCAUCCACCACGUCCGUGAACGACAUCAAGGGCAAAGCCAGCACCCCGGACAAUGCCUCUCAGACCGGCCUGGUGCCUCAUCCCGCGGCCUUCGCCCCACAGGGGGGAGCAGGCAUGGCUGGUCAGCCUGCGAGCAAUAAUGGACCGGCCACUCCCAGCAGACAAGGCCAACCGAUCGCGCCGAGCGUGAUCAUCAGUCCUAGCACAACGCAUGUCCCUCCUCCCGGUGCUGCAGAGACGAUGCCCGGGGACCUGGCGCCCCCUCGCAAAUCCAACGUCUUUGAUCGUCUGCAAACAACCCCCAAGGACAUGUCGGAAGGGAUCCGGACACCCAAGCGGCAACACUCGUCGCGGUUUGAUAUCUCCGAUCAACGCCAACGCGAGCUGGAGAAGCUGCCUGGCUUCCACGAAGUGCCCCCCAACCGCCGUCAGGAGCUUUUCAUGCAGAAGAUCGACCAAUGCAACAUCAUCUUCGACUUCAAUGACCCCACGGCAGAUAUGAAGUCCAAGGAGAUCAAGCGUCUCGCCCUACACGAGCUGCUCGACUACGUCGCCAACAACAGAUCCGUGAUCACUGAACCCAUGUACCCGCGCGUAGUCGAAAUGUUCGCCAAAAAUCUCUUCCGACCCAUUCCUCCCCCGAUGGCCCCCCAGGGAGAGGCCUUUGAUCCCGAGGAGGAUGAGCCUGUCCUUGAAGUCGCCUGGCCACAUAUCCAGGUGGUGUAUGAGUUCUUCCUGCGGUUCAUCGAGAGCCAGGACUUCAACACCAACAUCGCCAAGGGCUACAUCGACCAUCACUUUGUUCUCCAGUUGUUGGAGCUCUUCGACUCUGAAGACCCUCGGGAACGCGAUUUCUUGAAGACUACGCUGCACCGCAUUUACGGCAAAUUCUUGAACUUGCGCUCCUAUAUCCGACGAUCAAUUAACAACGUCUUCUUCCAAUUCGUCUACGAGACCGAAAGAUUCAACGGUAUUGCCGAGUUGCUGGAGAUUCUCGGCUCGAUCAUCAACGGUUUCGCCCUGCCUCUCAAGGAGGAACACAAACUCUUCCUCACCCGAAGCCUGCUUCCACUACACAAAGCCAAGGGGCUCAGCAUGUACCACCCGCAACUCGCCUAUUGCAUUGUCCAGUUUUUGGAGAAGGAUUCUUCCUUGACUGAAGAUGUUGUUCUUGGUCUCCUCCGUUAUUGGCCCAAGACGAACAGCACCAAGGAGGUGAUGUUCUUAAACGAGGUUGAGGAUAUCUUCGAGGUGAUGGACCCUGCCGAAUUCGCAAAGGUCCAAGGCCCGCUAUUCCAGCAGCUGGCCAAAUCCGUCGCCAGUCCCCAUUUUCAGGUUGCGGAACGGGCGCUGUACUUCUGGAACAACGAGUAUUUCUGUAAUCUCGUCAGCGACAACGUCGAGACCAUCCUCCCCAUCAUGUUCUCUCCACUCUACGAGAAUUCCAAGGGCCACUGGAAUCGGACAAUCCACAGCAUGGUUUACAAUGCGAUGAAAAUGUUCAUGGAAAUCAACCCUCAGCUCUUCGAUGAGUGCUCCCACGAGUACACCGAACAGCAAAACACUGCUGAACAACGUGAGAAGGCCAGACUCGACCGCUGGAGCGAGCUUGAGAAACAGGCCUCGGAUCGCAAGAACAGGGCUGCAAAUCCCGCAACGCAGCCCUUAGCUGCCUCCACCGACCUGGCCGCCACCACCAGUAUCACCACUGAUGGAUCGGCGACCCUCCGUGACGACGUCGACUCCAUCACCGACGACAGCCAGAAACGCCUCAAUGCUCUGAAGCUGCAGGAUGAUACCAGCCCAACGAAGGAACGGAGGGCUACACCGAUCUCGGUUAGUUCUACAUGA